AUGUCGAACGAAGAGAGCCAAUCCCUCCUCUCCGAGCGCUCCGAGUACGGCGGGCUGAACAGCGUCGGCGAGUCGGCGCUGGAAUCUGUGGACCCGUCCGUGCUCUCCUGGGAGAACCUGAACGUGUCGGUAGGCAAGUCUGGGCGCCAGCUGCUGAAGGGUGUCUCCGGGGUGACGAAACCUGGGCAGUUGAUGGCACUCAUGGGAGCUAGUGGCGCCGGCAAGACGACACUGCUCAACACGCUGCUGGGGAGGAACCUGAAGGGGCUCGACGUCAAGGGAAGGGUGCUGGUGAAUGGGCAUGAGAUCGGCGCCGGAAUCACAGCCGUCUCCGGCUACGCCCAGCAGGAAGAACUAUUCGUCGGAACCCUGACCGUACGAGAAUACCUGAACGUUCAGGCCCGCCUUCGUGUCGACGGCUCCCGAGAAAAGCGCAUCAAGCGCGUCAACGUCGUGCUCCGCCAGCUCGGCCUCUUCAAGUGCCAGCACACGCCUAUCGGGGUUAUCGGGUUCAAGAAGGGCAUCUCGGGUGGAGAAGCCCGUCGUCUAACCUUUGCCUGCGAGCUUCUCUCCAACCCUCCAAUCAUGUUCUGCGACGAGCCCACCACCGGUCUCGACUCGUUCAUGGCCGAGUCGGUCGUCUCCGUCCUCUCCAACCUCGCCCACAGCGGCCGAACCAUCAUCUGCACCAUCCAUCAGCCUGCCUCCCAGCUCUACGCCAUGUUCGACACGGUCAUGUUCCUCGCCUGCGGAAAGGCGGCGUACUUUGGCAACCCGACCGAGUCGAUGCGCUUCUUCGAGGAGGCCGGUUACCCGUGCCCGAACAACUACAACCCGGCCGAUAUGAUCAUCCAUACGCUGGCCAUGGUGCCGGGCGAUGAGGUGGAAUGUCAGAAGCGCAUCGACCGCAUCAUCGACACGUUCGAGAAAAACGAGCACGGCCAAACGCUACGCCAAGAGGUCGUCUCGGUGGAUAUGAAGGAUGUCCCACCCGGCCGCCACCAAGUCAGCCACUGGGCCCAGUUCUCCGCCCUGUCCACCCGCGCGUUCAUCGACAACUGGCGGAACCCGUCCCUCGCCAAGGCCAAGAUUGUCCAGAAGACGAUCAUGGGUCUCUUUGUCGGGCUCCUCUACCUCCAAACUGAGGUGAAGAAGCCGUUCGGGGUCGACAACAUCAACGGCGCCCUCUUCUACCUGGUCUGCGAGCUGACCUACUCGACGCUGUUCGGCAUUCUGACCUUCUUGCCCAACGACUACCCCCUGGUCGUCAGGGAAUAUCACGAUGGGCUUUACAGUGUCGGUGCCUACUACUUCUCGCGCUCCAUCUCCUACGUGCCGCUCUUCACCCUCGACGGCGUCCUGAUGAUGACGAUUGCUUACUGGAUGAUUGGGCUGAACGCGACGGUGGCGCAGUUUCUGCGCUGUAUUGGCCUCUCCAUCCUCAUCGAGCAGUCGGCUUCUGCAUUCGGCGUGAUGCUCUCCACGGUGUCGCCGUCUUAUCCGGUCGCUGUGUCAUUGGCUGGUCCUCUCCUCACGCUCCUAUCGUUGACGGGUGGCCUCUACGCAAACGUCGGCCAGAUGCCCAUCUACAUCAGCUGGAUCCAAUACGUGUCCUGGUUCCGGUACGGCUUCGAGUCGCUGACGAUCAACCAGUGGGACCGGGUCGACGAAUCGGGCGUUCAUUGGAAUGCUACGAAGCAAGCCGACACGCUUGACAAGCUCUCCUUCAACUCGUACAUGAUGGGCUGGGACGCGCUAGCCAUGAUCGGCUUCAUCGUCGUCUUCUACCUGAUCGGCUACAUGGGGCUGCUGAUGCGCGUCCGGAGCGCACGC